AUGCCAUUUUUUUGUCAUUCACUUUUCAGACUGACAAUGGCUAGUGUUGUAUCAGAAGAAGUUAUUGAACGGUUGACUUGUGCUGUUUGCAUGGAACAGUUUAAGGAACCAAAGGUUCUGCCAUGUUUGCACACUUACUGUAAAGCAUGCCUGGCAAAACUGGUGAAAAAACAACGAUCUGAUCACAUUAUAACUUGUCCUGAGUGCCGGCAGGAUUCAAAAGUAAGUUAAGUUGGGAGGGAGGGGCGGGGGGUUGGGGCAGCUAUUAAAGUGGGGUCGUAAUUUCAAAGGCUUUCAAUUAUUGAUGAUGAUGAUGAUGAUGAUGGUUAUGAUUCAUAAUAAUAAUGAGAAUGAUUUAUUGAUGUGCAUUGAUAGCAAUAAAACCAAAGAACCUCAAUAAUUUAUUGGUUUGACUAAAAUGGGAUUUCCCCAGGGAACAAGACCUCAUAAAGGGGGUUCAUUGAGCUGCAGACUGCACAAUGGAGAGGUUUAAUAUUUUGGGAAUUAUAGAUUAUAAUCACACCUUUCCCAGCUUGAGUGCAUAGCUACUUCUAUCCCAUCAUGGGAUAGAGAUAAAUUAUAUAAUUAUAAUUUAUUAUUGUCAUUUGAAGUUGUGUCAUCAUCUCAUUUAAAUUAGUCCUGAAAGGCCAUGAGUGGCGACUAAAAAUAUUAACAGUAAACUCCAUGCAAGAAUGGUGUUUUUCUUACAAGUCCGUUUGUAAGAUUAGUUUAUGAAAUACGUUUUGCACUUACCAGUACCAUUUUUAAGUGGGGGGAUGUACAGUAACCUCUACUGUUAUGGAUAAAAAUAGGCUAGUUAGCCCGUUGAAACAAGAAUUGAUUGGCACUAUUUUUAACUGGGGCAUUUCCCGUGCAGACACUGCAUCCCCUUCGCCCAUGAAUCGCUCUUUAGCUCUGCCCCUAAAAACAAGCUUCCUGACUGUGUAGAUGUUCUUUUGGCCAGUCACUCAAGAAGCCCUAAGAUAGUGUGACAGUAUUACGUGACUAAUUUGAUCUAACUGGUAAUUCCAAAAGUUAUUGUCCUUCUACGCUUUUAAAACAUCACAGGGUCAAUUUUUUGUGAAAUACCGCCAGCAGUAUUCUGUUUCUCAAAACUAGCAAAGGAAAUUUAGUUUUAGUUUUGUUUCUGUUGAAUGUUGUACUUUAUCAAGCCCCUUUGACUUUAAAAAAAAUAAUCCAAGUGAAAAUGUUUCCAUUUAAUGGUGCGACCUUCAAAUAGCAUCUUCCUUUCUUGUAAGGAAUCACCUGAAGAAUGACUUUCCACACGCAUGGAGAGAAUAGCAAUAUAAACAUCAGAGACAUUUUCUGUCACAUGUUGGAAGAGGAAGCACUUAUUAAACGGUUUGAACGUUCUCAUAAAGUGAAAUGAAACAUUGAAAGCCACUCAUCCUACAAUCGUUUGAAGAAGACAAUGAAUAAAGUGCCAUACGAUAGCUUCACAGACAUUCUCAUUCAAUGCAUGCACAAGCCGGCUGACUCCCAGAGGGAGAUUUGCAAUCACGUUCAUUCAUCCAAAGGUUUAAGCUUCAAGAUAAAGUGAAGAAAAACUUAAAAGAAACUGAUCGUAGCGUCAGAUUUUUUCUUAAUUUUUCUUUGGUUAAAUGUAAGACUAAUAUACCCUCACGCAAGAAUAUUAGUUUUCAUUACAAGUCUGUUUGCAGGAUUUUGUUUUGAAUUAAUGAUUCACCCUCCCCCCAAUAAUUAAAAAAGAUGCCUCAUCGUAGUGGAGACGGGAAACGCAACUUGAUCCGUUUUCUAUUGUCUUUUUUCGACGGGAAUUGUAAAUAGUGUUUUGAAUGAAUAAAUUAAUUGUAAAUAGGAUUUUAAUAGUUAGCAUUGUUGUCAAUAAAAUUUUUUCACUUUUAUUUAUUAUUAUUAUUAUUAUUAUUAUUUGCAAGUUCUAUUACCCAGUGUGUUUUGUAGGUUCCCGGUGGAGAUGCAAGCAAGCUGCAAUCAAAUUUUUGGGUGAACAACUUCAUGACCUUAUUGAGCAUGCAAGAUGGGGCAUCAUCCACAGGGCACCCACUGAACUGUGAGCACUGUGACAGUGGCGACUCCGCAGUUUCGCGUUGCUCUGACUGCAGUGUUUUCAUGUGUGAGUUUUGUGUUACUGCGCACAAGAGAAUCAAUGCCACCAAGAAUCACCAGAUUUUAUCUCUGACAGAAGUAAAGAAACUUGGUGCAAAGGCCCUCGCCAAGCCAAUGUUUUGUUCCAAACAUAAAGGUGAGACACUGAAAUUAUUCUGUAACACCUGCCAGAAAACCAUAUGUCGUGAUUGUACCAUUGUUAAUCAUCGUGAACACAAGUACGAUUUUGUAACAGAAGUGGCUGAAAAAGAAAAAGGAAUCAUUCGAGGUUUUCUCACGAAAGCCAAAGACAAAUUGCGUACAGUUGUUGAAGGUCUAAAAGCUGUCCAGAUGAUGAAAAAUGGGGUAGAGGAAAGAGUGUCUGAGGUAAACAAAGAGAUUGAUACCUUUUUUGAUGAACAGGUGAAAGCACUGAAUUACUACCGUGCAAAUAUUAAGCAUGAAGUUUCCACCCAGGGUCAAAUAAGAGUCAGCAAGCUAAAGAACCAAGCAGAAGUGCUUUCCUCUUUUCUGGCUCAGUUGAAAAGUGGCAUCAGCUUUACUGAUCAGGCCUUACAAGAUGGAGAUGAUGUCAAGCUUUUGGCCAUGAAAAAGCAACUAGUCCAGCAGCUCCACCAGCUGAAUUCAUCAAAGACCUCGUGUAAACCCUGCAUGGAUGACUAUCUGGAGCUUCAAGUGCACCAAACCAUUUGGCACAUGGAAAAACUACUAAGUGUGUGUUACGUCCCCCUUGAUCCCCAAAAAUGCACUGUCAGCAUGUUGGGAGGAGAUGAAGGCGAGAUGUACCAAACCUUGGCUGGACAAGAAGUUGAAUUGUUGUUACUUCUCAAAGACAAAAAAGGUCAGAAACAACCUAAAGGAGGCCAUCAGGUGGAAGCCAUGGUUUCCUUUUAUGCUGAGCCAGGUUACUUGCAUCCAGUUUCUCCAGUUCCCGUGCGUGAUAAUGGUGAUGGGUCUUACAGUUUCUCCUAUCAUCCAGUGGAAGCAGGUAAAGUAAAUCUGUCAGUCAGGGUUGAAAAGCAAGAGGUUUGUGGAAGUCCCUUUGAAUGGAAUGUUAUUUCAGGACUUCCAGAUGGAGCAAGUUCACCGCAAAGAAAAGGUCUUGUUCCAUGCCCAGGGCUCUCAGGCUUCACGGGAGGCAUGUAUUGUUGGAAACUACAGUUAACGUCUUUCUCGAAUCAGAUAGUUUCUGAGCUAGAAAUAGGGGUAACUGCUUCUAACUAUAAUUCAGCCUGGGGGUAUGGUUAUCCUACCUCGAGAUCUGCACAACAGCAGUAUGGGUUUCCAGUAUGUGCUUAUGGCUUUGGUUCUGCACAACAAGCAAAGUGGUCCUGGAAGUACAGUGCACAUACGAAACCAUGCCAUUCCAGUCGAUCAGAUGGUCAAGUUCCAUCCAUCACUUCUGUUAAAAACAAUGAUGUGUUCAUUGUUUUCCUCAACCUGAGGACAAAGAAACUGACAAUCUACAAUGUCCGAAGCAAACAAACUGAAAUCUUUACAGGCAUUGAAGGGGGUACUAUCACCAGGAUUGGAUACCCAUCGGUAUGGGAAGAAGAAGAAGAAGAAUGGGAAGACCAAAGUCCAAUGCUUGCUCUUCAAUAG